CGGCUCUGCAUUGGAUUUGCAGGCGCGGAUUCCAGCGGUGAGCAAACGCCGCUGAGGUCCCUCGACUAGGACGGCGCACAAUUGAAUUUGAGCUUUCGACCACGAUGGCCGGACCCUUUAUGACCAUUGAAGACAUCAAGACGGGCUUCUCGCUCUUCUGCGUCGUCUGCGGUAUCGGCACCCUCUCGAUGCCGGGCAACUACGCCCGCGCCGGCUACGUCUGGGCGACGAUCGCGACCAUCUUCAUGGCCGCCAUCAACGUCUACGCCUCCGUGUGCAUCUCCAAGCUCAUGCUCGUGGCGCCCAAGAACGUCAAGACGCUCGGCGACAUUGGCGGUUGGGUGUUUGGCCUCCCGGGUCGCAUCUCGAUCGUGAUCGGGCACAUGCUUGUGUGCACGAUGGCCCCCAUCAUGUUUCUCGUCCUCGGUGGCACGAUCCUCACGACGCUCUUCCCCGACUCGUACGACGACACGACGUGGAUCAUCCUCAUGGGUCUCUCGCUCCUUCCCAUUUGCCUCGUCCCGACGCUCAAGGAAAGCGCGGGUCAGGCCGCGGCCGGCGCGAUUGGUAUCAUCCUCGCCGACGCCAUUGCCAUCUACCUCCUCAUCGCCAACGUCAAUGUCCCGGAAAACGUCUCGCCGCCGGCCCCCGAGAUCUCGCUCGGCGGCGUCACGAUGGUCUUUGGCUCGCUCUCGCUCGCGUACGCUGCUGGUAUCAUCAUUCCGUCGCUCCAGCGCGAGCACAGCGAGCCUGCCCGCAUGCCGCGUGUCAUCACCGUGACGCUGACGAUCGUGUCGCUCUUCUUCCUUCUCGUGUCGAUCCUCGGCGACUACAAGGUCGGCUGCCAGAUUCCCGGCAACCUCCUCUUUGCCAUCACGGGCACCAAGCUCGGCUUCAACGCGUCGCGCGGCGGUGUCAUCCUCGCGUUCCUCUUCAUGCAUCUUCACAUUGUGAUUGCCUUUGCACUCGUGCUCUUCCCGGCCAUGUUCCUCUGCGAACGCAUCUUCCUCGGCCUCCACAAGCAAGAACCGGUCGACGAGAAAGAGGCCGAGAUGAUCGACCUCGAGACGCCCAAAGAGAGCGCGGCGCACCACCACCACGAACACGAAGACGGCAUGGCUGCCUACGCUGCGCCUGGCUCGUACCUCAAGGCCGCGGUUGUCCGCACGAUUGUCGUGACGCUCUGCGUGGUAAUUGCGAUUGCGUUCAAGGACAAGUUCGGCGACCUCCUGGACUUUGUCGGUGCCUCGGCCACGUCGACGAGUUGCAUGAUUCUGCCGAUGGUGUUUUACCUCAAGACGUUUUGGCCGUCGGUCAAGUUGCCGGAGAAGGUGUUUGCGAUCAUUUCGAUCAUUGUCACGAGCAUCCUCGCGGUCUACGUCUCGAUCAAGACGGGCAUCAACCUCUUCUCGCCGUCCGACUCGACCGUGAUCUUCCCCUUCUGCCCCGCGCAGUUCCAGCAGGUUGUGUACACAAAUCAAACCCAUUACAAGUUCUAAGCUAGCAACCUGUAAUUUAUUUCGUGUCC